CCCCGACGCCCAACGUCAUCAGGACGGGAGGUCAAAACAGAGGCACCGCGAGAGGCGAGAUCAGUGACGACCAAGACUCCGACGAUAGAGACAGGAUGGAGAUGCCGCUGAGGUUGUUUGCGGUGGCGUGGCUGACGGUGGCGGCGGCGGCGCAGGAGACGGUGCAGGUGCAGCUCCAGCAGGGCGUGAUCGAGGGCGCCAGGUCGGAGGCCGGGGAGGGAAGGUUCUUCUACACCUUCAAGAGCAUUCCUUUCGCGAAGCCUCCGGUCGGGGCUCUCAGAUUCAAGAACCCCGUGGCGGCCGAGGGGUGGCAGGGGGUGCGAGACGGGACCCAGGUGGCCCCCAAGUGCCCCCAGGUAGAUCUCUUCGCGCUCCUCGUGACGGGGGCGCUUGCCUUCGAGGGGAGCGAGGACUGCCUGUACCUCACCGUCUACACGCCGAAGCCUUUCGAGUCCGACCUCCCCGUGAUGGUGUGGAUCCACGGCGGGGCGUUCAUCCUCGGCAACUCGGAGGACUACCCCGCCCUCCCCCUCCUCACCAAGGACGUGGUCCUCGUCACCGUGCAGUACCGCCUCGGGACACUGGGAUUCCUCUCCACGGGGGACGAGGCGAUCCCUGGCAACCUGGGACUGAAGGACCAGGUCAUGGCCCUCCGCUGGGUGCAGGACAACAUCCGGGAUCUGGGCGGCGACCCGGGCAAGGUCACCAUCUUCGGGGAGAGCGCCGGCGCUGGCUCCGUGCACCACCACGUGCUGUCGCCAUGGCCGCAGGGUUGUUCCAGCGAGCCAUCAUGCAGUCCGGGGCGGCGCUGUGUCCGUGGGCGCUGAGGGAGGACCACAGGCAGGUGGCGAUGAAGAUGAGUGACCUGUUCAACUGCUCCGCCGUGGACGAG